GUACUGGGCGCAGUGGUGGUUGGGAUACUGGAGGAGAGUAACCUUCCUAGCUCUUCACAGUGUCCUUGUGUUGCUAGUGCUGUGGAGGAAGCAACGGAACCAGCAAGAUGAUGAGAAACCUUUUGACGCUGCGGCAGAUAUCUCGGUGCACUCUGAGUACCACUGCCCGCAGGCAAGUUCAGAACAAGGUGCCGGAGAAGCAGAAAAUGUUCCAGGAGGACAAUGGGAUCCCAGUUCACUUAAAGGGAGGUGUUGGUGAUGCACUCCUCUACAGGUUUACAAUGGCUCUUACAGUUUUGGGAACAGGAUAUGUAGUGUAUGAAUUGGCCAGUGCUGCAUUGCCCAAGAAGAAGUGAUUCCAGUUUCAUUUAUGUUCCUUCUAAAGGGUUUCUUGGUCCAGUAGUUUAAAAUGUCAUGUUAAACUUCAGGGAGCUACUUGUCCUUGUCAUAACAAGCUGUGUUCGCAUUUAACGGGAUCAAUAUUUAUGAAAUGUACUGUAUAAACUGCAGACAAUAAAUGCAUUUUUGCAUA